AUGGCAGCCGCCGAGGUGGGCAAUCCCUCCAGCCUUGGCCCCGUAUCAGUAGCUUUCUGUUCCUCCUCCCGUUCCCAUACGCCUGCUCCUCUUGCCGGAUGCCUGUAUCGCCGUGCCACAAUCAGCGCCACAGUUGUGGCCACCAGCAGUCAAAACCCUUCCGUGGGGGGCGGGAGGUGGUCAAUGCCUGCACCUGUUGCUCCUCAGGCAACGGUAGCCGGCCUGUUGUUAAAUGUUAUUGUGGCCAAAGUCAGUAUUGUGUUGUGGCUAAAUUUUCUUUCCUUUGUGUUUUCAGAGUCCUUGAAGGAUAAGAAAUCAAAAAUUUAUGUUGGAAAUCUCCCCUUCGAUGUCACUGAGGUGGAGAUCGCAGUCUUGUUUCGGGAUUUCAACCUGAAGACGGUCAAGGUUCGGCAGAACUCUACGAGAAGUUUCGCCUUUGUCGAAUUGGCUUCCCCGGAGUUGGCUCUGUCUGCCAUACAGAAGCUCAACGGGAUCGUGAUGAAGGGGCAGCGGCUAAUUGUGGCCGAGGAGAAAAACCCGGACCCCAAGAAGAACCCCCUGGAGAUGCCGGAUUUGGAGCCAGUCUUUAAUGGAUUGUCUGUGGUCAGCAAUGCCCUCGUUCCAAAAUCUGAUGUCCAGGCCGUACCACCUCCAAAGAAGAAGAGCUUAUAUGCGGUUCCCCUGGAAAUGAGAAGUUCUUUCUUGGUGCAGAUGUUGCGGGACUGCUUUGUGGUCCUGGACUGGCUGGGAUCCAUCUGCAAGAUCUCUGGAGAAGCAGCCCUCCUUGUGACUGACACAGUGCCCCAGACACCGUACUUUUGGGCGAUUCAUCUCACGGAGGAAAGCCAUCGGGACAUGCAGAGGCUGUUCUCCAUUUUGGCAGAAGUUGAAUCCCAGAUGCCCUUCCUGCCGAAACAGGAAGUCCAGCGAGGAACGCGGUGUAUGGCGGAGUGCAUUGUGGGAGAGGAAGGUACCGCCUGGAAUAGAAACGUCCGGCAGAAGAAGGAUCCCAAGCCGACAGACAGGCCUUUGGGCCUCUUGCUCUCUUUCAGGUGCUGGGUUGUGGAUAAGGUGGGGAAUCUGGCCGUGGUGUUCUUUAUGGAUUUUGGCCACUCAGCCACCGUUCCUCUGAAUUCUCUACGGAGACUGAACAAGGACGACUUCUGGGCCAUUCAGCCUUUGGCUCAGCCGUUCAUGCUCCACGAAGAUGUUCUUCCUCCUCAGAUCAUGAUCCGUCAAAUCUUGAAAGGGAGAGUGGUACAGCAGUCAGAGACGGAGGCUCACAUCGCAAAGUUUGCCAAGACAAACUAGGAGAAAAGUCUUCAAGGAAUCCUCAACCGGGAUCUCGAGAAGGGACGUUCAGUUGUUGUUACUUUUUGUUUUGUCGAAGGUCGGGGCGAGGUUACGCUCCGGCUGUACUUUACUUCAUGGAUUUGCUUCUGUAACCGU